AUGUUGCCCUUUUUAUAAAAGGAGAGAUCGAAUUCAUUCAAUAUUAGAAAACCAACGGAGAGAAACUCAAUCCAUGCUGACGUGUCUCCACUUGGGGAAGGAAGAGGGAUAUUAAUCAUAUUGAUUUUGAAUAAUGAAGAUUUUGUUGCUGAGUUUAUUCAAAAUCCUCGAUACCUUUAGUUUCUCAAAUAUAAGGAGUUUCUUAAUGAAAUGCAAAUCAAAUAAUUUAUCGUAUAUUUACAGGAAUAGUUGAUCUAAUCAUAAAGUAAGGCAUAUACUUAUCAUUAUUGUACAUUUUCAUAAUAAUAAAAAAAAAUCGAUUUAUUGAACACAUCAAGUAGAGAGACUUAUGAAGUUUUGUUUGAAUUUGCUGAAAGGAUAAAUAAAGAAAAGUAAUUUAACUAUGCUUUUGGAGUUGACUUUAAUAUGAUACAUAAAAGUAAAUUUAAAAAUAUAUUGUUUUUGAGUGACACAAGAAUAGAUUUAUAAAUAAUUGAAUACUUCCAACCAUAAAAAAUAACCAGAGUAAGAACCUUCUCUCAUCAAAGUGUCAAUCAAACAUCAAAGGAACAAUCAGAAAUCUUGGACACUGAGAACAAGUAUCAAUAAUUGGCAUCUAAUAAAAGAAACAAAGAAAUUAAACAAUACCUGAAGGAAUAAAAUAAGUUGAAACAAGAAACAAAAAACAAGGAUUAAUUGAUGAUUAAAAAAAUUAUGUAAACUGAAAAGAUCGAGCCCUAAAAAUAGUAGACUGAAUUACCUCAAAUUUGUGAGUAGGUAUUGAUACGAUUUCAGUUAAUUUUUGGAAUUAAGGAUGUUCAACUGGAUAGAGACUUAUUUUCAUAAUUCCUAUUGUUAUGCGAAAUGACUAUUUUGUAUACUAAAAACAAAUUGCUUCAAGUUUCAAUCCAUAAAAUUGAAGAGAGUAAGAGAUUAGAUGUACUUUUAAAAUAACUGUUUUUUGAUUAUAAAAUCCUUAAAUCUAUGAAUAUCAAGUUGCAGUAAUUGAACCCAACUUUAACAAGAUGUCUACUAAGAUUUCUAAAAUAAGGUUUGGAAUAUGAUAGACAAAAUAGAUUAUUCUGGAAUGAUUUCCUAAGAUUUAAAUAGUAUUACAUAGAUCGAGUUUGGGGAGUCUCUGAUUUUCGAUUAUUUAUGAUGCUUUUAAAUGAUGAAAAUCAAGCUCUUGCAUCUAAGAUUAUGAAAGUAUCGCCCCAGAAUAUAUAAAGAACCAUUUUAAAUCUUUAGCCAGAAACCUUACAGACCAUUGUUUACUCCUUAAUUUUUUGA